AGAAGAAGGAAAAAAAACAAAAAAAACAACAUGGCGUCCCAUUCCGGUUGUCAGCAUUAUGUACGAAGCUGUUUACUAAAGGCACCUUGCUGUGGUAAACUGUAUGUGUGUCGGCUGUGCCAUGAUGCAGAGGAGAACCACCAGAUGGAUCGCUUCAAAGUCAGAGAGGUGCAGUGCUCUGAAUGUCAAACAGUGCAACAGGCACAGCAGACUUGCCAGCAGUGUCAUGUGCUGUUUGGGGAGUAUUACUGUGACAUUUGCCACUUGUUUGACAAGGAUAAGAAGCAGUACCACUGUCAGCCCUGUGGAAUAUGCAGGAUUGGGCCCAGGGAAAGCUAUUUCCAUUGUGAGAAGUGCAAUCUGUGUUUAGCACAGGAUCUGCAUGGAAACCACAAGUGUGUUGAAAAUGUGUCAAGGCAGAACUGCCCAGUGUGUAUGGAGGAUAUUCACACAUCCAGAAUCGGAGCCUGCGUUCUUCCAUGCGGCCAUCUUUUACACAAGACCUGCUUUGAUGACAUGGUCAGAAGAGGAGUGUAUCGCUGCCCUCUGUGUAUGCACUCUGCUCGCAACAUGGAGGACGAAUGGGAUCAGAUGGACAUAGAGAUCACUGAGUCACCAAUGCCCACUGAAUACCAGGGUGCUACUGUUAAAAUUAUAUGUAAUGACUGCCAAGCCCACUGCAUGGUGCCUUUCCACGUGUUGGGUUUGAAGUGCAGCAGUUGUGGUUCCUACAACACGGCACAGGAAGGAGGACUCAUCCAGCAGCUUCAGCAGUGGCCAGAGCAGGACGCUGACACUGACAGUGAGGCAGAAACAAACAUGGAGCCAGAGCUGCAAGAUCAAACCGAGUCAUCCACACCACAUUAGCAACCACAAUAGGUGACAUUUUUAUAUUAAACAUUUGCCUAGAGCACACACACUUGUAGUAAAUUAUAUUGCAGCCCAGCCUCACAUGAAAAUGCACAAUGGCUAUGUUGGUCCACAGGAGAAAAUGUAGUAGUGUCACAACGUAGUAGUGUUGACUUACAUGCAGACAAGUUUAGAUCAAGUCCCGUGUGCAAUGUUGUACCAGAGUGCUUUAACCUAAUCCACAGGCUAUACCCAUGUAGUUUCUGUGCCUAAACCUAACCAUGUACAAGGUAUGUCAACCACUGUUUUUUGUAUUCACUGCCAGAAACGACAGAUGUGACAUGGGCACAGGCCAAUGGAAAAGAUUAGGCAAAUAGAAAAUGGUGCCAUGUUGCCAUUUUUGAGCCAUUAUUGUGAGACUAGUACAUUUUGUGUUGUGGACCAACGUGGCUAUUAUACACUUUGUGUGAGACUGGGUUUUGUACACUGUGUAACAGUAGAUUGAGUCAAUAUUCCUUGAUUGUACAUACUACAAAAAUCUAUUUUCUUUGGCUGCAUAUACUGUUCGGGCUGGAAUAUGUCCUAGCAUGCACUGGGUGGGAUAUAAGCAGUCUAUCAUGGGACUAUAUCCACACCCAUCCUCACCUGUGGGCAAUUUACAGUCAUAAUACAUCUGACUGGUAUGUCUUUAGACUCUGUGGAAACUCAACUGCAUUGAAAGAUCCCAGCUGAUUGACAGAUUCAGACUCAGGGCAGUCUUAUAGGUGGGCACAGUGUACUGAGGGGCCUUGUGGCACUGUGAUGUGACUACAGAGCAAUUAUGAUUGUUUUCUACUUGUCUGUGCAGAUUCGCAGUCAUCCAGGUCAUAGUAAAAUGAAAUAACCUUAGAAAAAUCAACUGGACUUGG